GAGGAGCUCGGCAUCCGCAGAUUCUUCGAACAAAAUUCUCUCUACAGAGCCAAAAAGCAGACGGCUCAUGACUUCUGACCAGGACACUAAAGUUGUGGCUGAACCGCAGGUGCAGCAAGUGCAAGAAGUUGUCGACAGUUCUCCUCUGGAGUCAGCCAAGGUUUCAGAACUGAAUCCUAAUGCCAAAGUUUGGGCAAAUCAUGUGCUAAAUCUGGAUGCUGCUGCAAGCAAUGCCUGUGAAACUUGGGAAGAACAAUUGGAGGUUCCUGAUACUUGCCCAGAAGGAUUUGAGACCAAUGGUGAUGCUGAAAAGUCAUUUCAAAGUUCAUCACAGGAGCCCUCUUUGACAGUUCCUUCUGCUGAACAAUCAGAUUUGGAUACUGUAACACUCCAGUGCUCUGACUCCUUCUACUCAGAAUAUGAGACCAUACAUGGAACCAGGCAGGGAGGUGGUGAUCAAACUCUAUUGGAACAGGAGACAGUUGGUCAAGAAGACCUUAGAGAGCUGCUGAAAAAGACACUGGAGUUCUGUUUGUCUCGAGAAAAUCUGGCGACUGAUAUGUACCUGGUCUCCCAAAUGGAUAGUGACCAGUAUGUGCCAAUACUGACUGUAGCAAAUCUUGACCACGUGAAGAAGCUGAGCACAGAUGUGGACUUGAUUAUUGACGUUCUGAGAUCAUUGCCUUUGGUCCAAGUGGAUGAGAAGGGAGAGAAAGUCAGGCCAAAUCAAAACCGCUGCAUCGUAAUUCUACGUGAAGUACCAGAGUCGACGCCCAUUGAGGAGGUAGAAGCACUCUUCAAAGGAGAAAAUUUCCCGAAGUUCAUGAGUUGCGAAUUUGCCUACAACGACAACUGGUUCAUCACCUUUGAAUCAGAGGCUGAUGCACAGCAGGCUUACAGGUAUCUUCGAGAAGAAGUUAAAACCUUCCAGGGUAAGCCUAUAAAGGCAAGGAUUAAAGCAAAGCCAAUGGCUAUCAACACGUUUCUACCAAAGAAUGGUUACAGACCUCUUGACAUGAACCUAUACACUCAGCAGAGGUACACAUCGUUUUAUGUGCCUCCAAUAUACAGUCCCCAACAGCAAUUUCCACUUUAUAGCCUUCUUACUCCACAGUCCUGGUCAACAACACAUAGCUAUCUGGAUCCUACUUUGGUAUCUCCAUUCCCUAAUGCUGGUUUCAUAAAUGGAUUUACUGCAGCUCCAAACUUCAAAUCUGCUACAGCCCCUUUGACCUCACUCAGACAAUAUAAUCCUAGGAACAGGAACCACAGCAAAACCCAUUUGCGCCCCACAUUGCCGAACACAGAUCGUGGUCCAGGACUUUUGGAAAGCCCAACAAUAUUUAAUUUUUCUACGGAUCGUCUGUUGAAUGGUGUUCGAAGUCCACAGAUGCGACCAGCUGGACCCAACAGGACACGGAUGCAUAGUAGUGCAGGUUAUAAGAGAGAUUUUGCAAUUGGAAGGUCAGAGCAAAUCAGUGCUGAUUCAUCACCUAGUAUGGGCCGAGGAAGGAAGAAUUCAUAUGGAUACAGGAAGAAAAGGGAAGACAAGUUUACGAGAUCCCAGACGCAGUCACCUCCACCACCCAAGCCACCAUCACCUAACUUUGAACUAGGGUUGUCUAAUUUUCCUCCUCUGCCUGGAGCUGCUGGUAAUCUGAAGACUGAAGAGGUUCUUGAGAAUAGACUAUCGAAUGUGAUCAAAGUACUUCCAAAAGAGAAGGCACAGAUAUUACAGAGUAUAAAUGUUGACGCAAGCACUAACACUAUACCUUCGGGAAUACCACGGGAGUCGUUGCCAUCCAUAUCUCCAACUGUACUGCCAGCAAGUUCUGAGGGGUCCCCUUCACCACCUCGUUCUCCAGAAAUCAAGUGUCUACCAAAAAAAUUGAACAUGCAAGAUGGCUUGCAUGAUGUGCAUGCACAACAGUACCUGCUUGAGCUCUAA